AUGGCAGAGGCUUCUCUUGCCUUUCCGGCGAUUUGCCUGACACUCUCAUUCCUGUUCGUCGUUGCCGUCUACAAUGCUUCGAUCAUGCAGCACCUAGGUGCCUGCCAUCGUCGCAUCAUCCUCCCUGUGUACCAAUUUAUUGCACGCAAUCUCUUCAACCGUAAUCAUGUCAAUCAAGACCAAGACCGCAUACCUUUGGCAGAGUACGAGCCAAUCAACCCCGAUCCCAACGAUGAAGACGAACAACAUCCUCACCUGGCGACUCCAGCACGCAACCAUCAUCGACCCGGCGAAAACAAUGUUCUUGACACAGCCAAUAGAAUCGCAGAAAGCGAUGACGACAUUGGAAGUGGCAGUCCCAAUUUGAGAGACUCAAACCGUCCGCAGCACCCCAACUUUGCGGAUAGAGCCCAGUUCUCCACGGUCAGUCCACCCCCCGGGUCUGUCGACGAUUAUGGCUCCGAAGAGUAUGACUCCGAUGAGUAUGGCUCUGACUGGUCCGACUCCGAUGACGAACACUACCCAGUCGACGAUAUCCCCAUCUGGGAAUUCCAAGUCGAACGUCCCUAUUUUAACGUUGAGCACCCGGAACAAGGGGGACCGGUGGUUUGGUUGGAUGAGGUUGUCGAGUGGACAUCCCAGGGAAUCUUCGCCUAUGUUACUCCCGAGCUUGACGAAUAA